AUGAGCGUAGUGUACCGAGCACCGCAACACGUCCAAAGACAGAACGUGAUGACCACCAUUGGCCAAGGAAAGGUCCGAGGCGUGGGUCCGACCAUGUCGCUAAGCCGCGACAGCAAGUCGGACCCGCCAAAAAAGCAGCCAGGGUCAGUAGAGGCGGAGCACCCUGCUGAUCCAGCAACGUCAAGAGAAUUUGCAGGAAUCUUGAAGAAGAUUGCUCCCAAUGAAUAG